AUGCUCGCGGGUGCUUCCGGGUUGGAGGGGAGGGGGAGAGAAGAGGCGCCGGCGCCGCUCUGUUUUCGCGCCGGAGGAUCGGCCAUGGAGGGCAGCGGGGAAAUAAAAAAGAUCCCAUGCCUUACAUCUGGGGAAGCAGACAGACUUUGCUCAGAUAUUAAUUCCUGUGAUGGGAGUUUUCAAAGAGAUGAACUUGGGACAGAAACAUCCAGCAAGCUGGGAAAGUAUAUUAGUUCUUGGAAUGAAGACGUGGGCGACUCAGACAACUACCUUCCAGGAAACAUCGAGGUGGAAUCCUUGAAAGAGGACUGGAGUUCUUACGACAAACUUGUGGAUAAACACCGGACCAAGAUGAAGGAAUUGCUGCCAUGCCUUCAAGGCGUACCCCGGGAUAGCUCCUGGCAAGAGAGCUCAAGUGAAGGUGAAACAAAAUGGUUGUGGGAAAAUGCCAUAAAUGACAAAGUCACUUUCCAGAAAAGGCUUCAUGAAACAGAGUUGGCAAUUGAAUCAGCAGAAAUGUUUUUGCCCUCAUUUAAAGAAACUCUCACUCGAAUUUCAAAAGCUUGUUACAUUUCUGCAUCAGAUAUGAUAAAGAUCUCUAUGCAAGAAGACUUGCUACUCAAGGAGCUAGAUGUUCUCAGGAAUAUGAAAGAACUGUUACAGCAACUGCUUAGAGCGAGCACGGACAAAGAAAUUAUCAGUAAACAGAUUGAAGAAUUGAUACAGCGGAUAACUGACAAUGAAAUGGAAAUUACAAAUAUUAGAAGUGAAACAACUCAAAAAGAGAGGCGUAUUUUAGAACUUUCAAGUCAGCUUGAGCAAGAAAAAGCUAAUGUGCUAACAGUAUCACGCCGUUCUGAAUCAAUCCAAUCACUUCAAACCCAUUUGCAGUGCCAGAUAGGAAAAAAUGAGGCAGAGAAUAAUCAACUGAAAACAAAAUUCCAGACUAUUGAAAAGAAGAUUGCUGAAUGGAAGCUACAAGUCACAGAACAUAAGCAGCACAUUUUGGCUGAGAAGGAAAGAAGAGAGGAGAGAAAGAAGGCACUGAGAAGGGCAGCUAGUGUUCAGAAACAGAGAGCUGAACAUUUGAAAGCAGUUGUGGAGGGCUUAAUUUCCAAAAUUAGGGACAAGGAAAUCCAAUUGUCUGAGGUGCUUUCGGCUUCAAAUGUCUGGAAAAGUCAUCACGAGACAGUAGUCGAUGAAAAAAACAGGUUAGAAGUUCAAGUUGAAAGUCUGGAAAAACAGGUCACAGACCAUAUGAUGGACCUCAGAAGAAUUCAAGAUUCUUUGAGAAAGUCAAGGAAUGAGAUUCUUGGAAAGAUUAAUGCUAUCGUCUCUGAAAAUGAAAAGAUUUCCCUUGAAAAUGCAACAUUAAAGGCAUCUCUUUCUGCUUUGGAAAUGAGUGUUACUUCUGCAGAAGCAGAAGUUUUAGACCUGCAUGAAAAGGCACAGCAGCAAGAAGAGCUGGUUGAACACUAUAAAAACGAGGUAGUGAAAAGAGAAAUGGAAGCUAGGGAAUUGAAAACUAAGUAUGAAAAGGUCCUCAGUGAGAACAGAAUGAUAACAGAAGAAAUAGAUAAUGAAAUGGAAGCAGUGAGGGACCAGACAGAGGCCUGCUUGAAGGACUUAGAACGUGUCCGUGACACACAGAAAGCAGCUGAAGGGAAACUGUGGACAUGUCAGGAAAGCCUACUGUCCUGCCAAAAGAGCUGCGUAGAUAAAUCCAAAGCCAUUAGGGAGCUACAGGUCCAGGUAGGUGACAAUGGUGAAUUCCUGGAACAGCUUUCUUUAGAAGAGGAAAAUCGCAACAUCCAGUUGAAAUAUGAAGAACUUAAAAGAAAACUUGAAGAAAUGGAACUGCAAAACAAACAACUUGAAAAUCGGUUGGUGAACCAAGAAGAGAGUCUUCAGAAAAUUGAAUUCCAGUUCAAACAAAAAGUUGCAGACAGUGAAGCUUUAACCAGACAGCUGGAAGCUGCUUUGGAAGAUGGAAGGAAAAAGUUAGCAGAAGAGAUGGAGAAGAUCACUUCUAGAGAGCAGUCAUUUCAGUUGAAAAUAUUGGAUCUAGAAAAUGCACUGAGAAAGAAAAAAGAAGAGCAGAGACAGCUAACUAGAAGACUAGAUGCUAGAGAAAAACACCAUGAAUUAUCUUUGAAAGAACUAGAACACGGCCUUCAGAGAUCCGAAAACCAGACCCAAAGUAUCCAGAAUUAUGUGAAGUUUUUGAAAGCUUCAUAUGUAACCAUGUUUGGCUGAACUCUCUUUUGUCUCAUUUUAAAAUUGAGGAUCACCUCUCAGGAUAAAUGAUUGCGUUUGUCCAUCCGGUUGAAGCCUGUUGUGUCUAGGAUUUAUUCCACUGCGCUAUCUGAAAGACAUGUGUGGUGUUACCUGGUAGCCAUAUAGCAUCUUUUGAAAAAUAUCUUCUUUAGACAUAUUGGGAGGACAGCAGUUUGGGUAAAAGCAAAAAAGAACAAGCGAGCAAAUGGAUGUGUGUUGGCGUGCUACAUUUUCUUGAAGCCACUGACAGUGAUGAAUGGCUUUGAAAUCAUAAAAGCUAGUUAUUUAUUUGUGCUGUGAUGUGAGCGUGUUUGCCCACCACAGCUUUGGAAGGCUGCACAUGUUCAAAGGAAAUUUUAUUAAUGAUCCUGCAACUUUCUGAAAAUGGUCCUUAUGGCCUCAAUAGGUGGUCAUGUUAUUCUCUCUAGUUUAUCCUGCUGAAUUAGGCAGAGUGAUAUCACUUGGCUCCAGAUUAAAACAAAUUCAACUAAUCACACUUCAAGGGAAAUGACUGGAGUUUUCACAGUAUUCUCCAUUAUGAACAGGUAGGUAGACUCCCUAAAAUCAGAUGUUAGGCCACAACUUAUGUCUGGUAUAACUCUUUAUAAUGAUAUGGAAUGUCAGUUGCUUCUCUCUGCUGUUUAUGCAGUUGCCCAAACAGCAAUUACUGGGGAGAAUGUUACAAUAGAGUGAAGGGAGCUGAGCCUUCUGUUUUCCAGAACACCUUUCUUGACCAGCACUCCACCCUCUAGGGUUGCUUUGAAUUUACAAAAAUAUAUAUAUAUGAGAGAUUGAUCACCUCUGUCUCAUAUGUUUGGUCCAGAUUAUAGCGUGCAGAUGAAGUAGAAUGAGUUACUGGUGUCUUAAGAGCACUUUUACAGAAAAUUGUCAUUAUUUCCAAAAUAAAGUUUGGGGUUUUGUUUUUGUAACUUCUCGAAAACUGUAAAUCAUCAUUAUCUAAGAAAAUAGACACACCACAAAAAUGUA